CCACCUGCCCCCGCCUCCUCAGAGCGGCCCCCGGCGCCUCAGCCCAGGGGCCGCGCGGCGGCCGGAUCGGGCCCCGGGUGCCGGGCGAGGCGCGGCCAGCGCCCGGCGCAGCCCCGCGAUGCUGCCCACCGCCCUGGGCUGGGGCGUCGCGGGCUCCGCGGCGCUGCUCGACCUACCGGCGCCGCCGGGCUCCGGCAACCUGGGCAAAAGUUUCCUGAUCGAGAACUUGCUGCGGGCGGCCCCGCCGAGCCUCGCCCGGCCCCUCCCCGGCCCGCUCACGCUGCGCACGGCGGCGGAACCAGCCAGCCCCGCGGGGGGCCCCGGGCCGGCCCGAUGGGCUUGUCCCCGCCUUCCCCUCUCCGCCGUGGCCAGCGGCGGGCUGCCAGCGCGGGCCCCGGACAGAGCCGGCAUCCUCCCUCCUGCAGCCACAGUUCUUUCCAAACAUUUUUUUCUCCGAGCCCCACCAUUCUACUCAGCAUGCUGCGGUGGGUCCUGUCAGCACCCUGUAUCCCCCACUGCUUUUCCAAGAGAGGAAAGCGUUCUGCCUCUGUUGACCCAGGACUCCAACUCCAAAACCCGGAGAGGUAUUUUAAGAAGAGCUGUCUUUUCUGAAGACCAGAGAAGAGCUUUGGAGAAGAUGUUUCAGAAACAGAAGUAUAUCAGCAAAACAGACAGAAAGAAACUCGCCAUUAACCUGGGUCUGAAAGAGACACAGGUGAAAAUUUGGUUUCAGAACCGAAGGAUGAAAUGGCGAAACUCCAAAGAAAAAGAAGUGCUUUCAAACAGGUGCCUCCAAGAAGAGGGUCUUCAAGAGAACUACCUCUCAAGAUCCACUCUGAAUUUUACUUCCCCAUGUCCUUCUAUAUGGGAAGUGUCUCAACAGCAGGCAAGUCCAAGAUGGAGGGAGAAUUCUCCAGAAUCUUCAGAAAGACUGAAUAAUAGAAAUAGCGCACAGCCACCUCAAGGAGCAGAAUCAUUUCAGGGCACAUUGUAUUUGUACCCUGAACAAGACACUGGAGACCAGGCAGUUACAUUAUCAGUAUAAAGGAAUGAUUAAGUUCUGCAAAUUGAUCAAAGAACAUAGACUUUAAAUGGGUGGUCUUUUAAAACUAACAAUAUUUGAACAUUGUAAAGCUAACUAGUUUAUACCUCAUCACUUACUAAAAUCUAACACCAUUAAAAUGACAAACAAUUAAUGCUGCAAGAAAUAUUCUUUAAUAUUCAAUCUUCUCUCAUGUCUUUUCUGGUCUUAUACUGAACUUAUAAGUGAAUUAGGAAGGGAUGGUAAGUAAAGUGAAGCGAAGAGUAUGAAACUGACAUUUUGCUUUGAUUUACAUACUGUGCUGUAUAUACAUCUUCAUUAAAACAAACUGAUACCAUA